UCUGGCUGCCGUGCGCUGGUGCAGGUGCUCUAUUUCAUCGAGAGAGGAUGCGAAAGGAAAGAAGGGGAGGGAAGGAAUGAAGGGAACCGUCGGAGAAAAGUAUGCAGGGCAUGAAUAAAAGGGUAUCAGCAGCUGACAGUGUGUCUAACGUCCAGGGGCUCGGCUAAAAAUGAUUUAUUGAAAGGGGCACUUUGAGAUAUGAUGAGGUUUCUCUCUGGUUGGCAAUAGUACUAUGAUUUGGUAUGUGGCCACUUUGAUAGCAAGUGUAUUCAGCACCAGAGGAACAGCUGCUCAAGGUGCCCACGGAGUCAGAGAGGAGCCCCAGUUUGUGACAGCUCGUGCAGGGGAGACCGUGAUUCUGGGCUGUGACGUGGCCCACCCACUCAACGGCCAGCCCUACGUGGUGGAGUGGUUCAAGUUUGGAGUGCCCAUCCCCUUCUUCAUCAACUUCCGCUUCUACCCUCCUCAUGUGGACCCCGAGUACACCGGCCGAGCCAGCCUGCAUGGCAAGUCAUCUCUACGCAUUGAGAGGGUUCGCUCGGAAGACCAGGGCUGGUACGAGUGCAAGGUCCUGAUGCUGGAACAACAGUACCACACCUUUCACAACGGCAGCUGGGUGCACCUCACAGUCAACGCUCCCCCAACUUUCACGGACACACCGCCGCAGUAUGUGGAGGCCAAAGAGGGGGGCAGCAUCACUCUGAGCUGCACAGCCUUCGGGAAUCCCAAACCUUCAGUCAGCUGGCUCAGGGAGGGAGACCCCGUACAGGACAGCAGCAAGUAUAAGGUGAGUGAUGGCAGCCUGACGAUUGUUUCCAUCAGCCGUGAGGACAGGGGAGCGUACACAUGCCGAGCGUACAGCGAGCAGGGAGAGGCCGUCCAUACCACACGCCUACUCGUCCAAGGACCCCCGUUUAUUGUCUCACCGCCAGAGAACAUAACCGUAAACAUAUCCCAGGAUGCAUUCUUCACUUGUCAGGCUGAGGCGUAUCCUGGCAACCUAACGUACACCUGGUUCUGGGAGGAAGAUAACGUCUUCUUCAAGAAUGAUCUAAAGCGCAGAGUGAGUAUUCUGAUCGACGGUUCGCUCAUCAUCUCCCAGGUGAAACCUGAGGAUGCUGGGAAAUACACCUGCAGCCCGAGUAACAGCCUUGGGCGCCCACCUUCUGCAUCAGCGUACCUGACAGUGCAUUACCCUGCCCGUGUGGUAAACAUGCCGCCCGUUAUUUACGUGGCCAUCGGACUGCCGGGGUACAUCCGCUGCCCGGUGGAUGCCAACCCGCCUGUCACUUCAGUGAAGUGGAAAAAAGACGGCCUGCCUCUGCGGAUAGAGAAGUACCCUGGCUGGAGCCAAAUGGAAGAUGGGAGCAUUCGAGUGUCUGAGGUGACAGAGGACUCUCUCGGCACCUACACCUGCGUGCCUUACAAUAGCCUCGGUACAAUGGGACAGUCCCCUCCCGCCCCUCUGGUGCUAAAGGACCCACCCAAAUUUCUGGUGGUUCCUGGAGGGGAGUACAGACAGGAGGCUGGUCGAGAGCUGGUCAUCCCCUGUGAGGCAGAAGGAGACCCAUUCCCCAACAUUACAUGGAGAAAGGUAGGGAAGCCCAGCAGAAGCAAGCACAAUGUCCAACCGAGAGGCAGCUUACAGUUCAAAUCUCUCAGCAAGGAGGACCACGGGGAGUGGGAGUGUGUCGCCUCCAAUGUCGUCACGAGCAUCACUGCCAGCACGCACCUCCUAGUAAUCGGCACAAGCCCACACGCACCCGCCAAAGUCCACGUUUCGGUCUCGACGACCUCGGCCAACAUCUCGUGGGAACCCUGUUACGACGGCGGCUUUGAGCAGACAUUCUCAGUCUGGUAUGGCCAUGUGGUGAAGAGGGAGCAGUUAGGACCGCAUGACUGGCUGUCCAUGCCUGUGCCCAGCGGGCAGCACUGGCUCCUUGUGCAAGGCCUGGAGCCCGAGACGGCCUACCAAUUCAGCGUCCUGGCCCAGAACAAGCUGGGGACGGGCCCGUUCAGCGAGGUCGUCACUGUGAACACACUAGUAUUUCCUAUAAGUACCCCAGAACCACUGGUGCUGCUUACCCCACCACGGUGCCUCACAGCCAACCGGACACAGCAGGGAGUCCUACUCACAUGGAUCCCUCCAGCCAAUCACACGUCGCCAAUUGAUCACUACAUCAUGGAGUUCCGCCUCGGGGAGAGGUGGGAUGUUCUUGAUGAUGCAAUCCCUGCUGGAGAGACAGAGCUUUUGGCUAGAGACCUGGUUCAGGAAGCCUGGUAUGAGUUCAGAGUGAUGGCGGUUAUGGAGGACCAUGUCAGUGAGCCCAGUAAUGUAGUGGGAGUCUCUAGCACAGACUACUUCCCGCCGCCUGAGGUGCCAGACGAGGGGCUGGCACGGCCGGUGGUGGCAGGCAUUGUGGCCACCAUCUGUUUCCUAGCAGCAGCCAUCCUCUUCAGCACGCUAGCGGCCUGCUUCGUCAACAAACAGAGACGGCGUAAGCUCAAGCGGAGACGAGAUCCCCCUCUGUCUAUAACACACUGCAGAAAGAGCGUGGAGACUCCGAGUCCUCUUACCCCUCUACCUGGCAUAGAACCCUACUGGGAAGGCCAGGAAAGGAGCAGCUACAGGCCUCCGCCCUCCAGUCCUCUAUCAUCUUCUGGAAAGGUUAGUCCAGAAAGUGUCCGCUCCAUAGGACCUCCUUCAGAGUCCUCCGAGGAUGGUUUACGAGCUAAGAAGUUUCCUCAAAGUCCUGCCAAGGAGAAGGAGCUGUCUUUAUACAAGAAGACCAAGAGAGCAAUAAUUAGCAAGAAAUAUAGCGUCUCUAAGCACGAGGCGGAGGCUACUACGCCAAUUGAAUUGAUCAGUCGUGGCCCAGAUGGGCGCUUUGUCAUGGAACCUACGGAUGCGGAAACUCCAGUUAAGGCACGGCGCAUCGAGGGCUUCCCCUUCGUGGAGGAGUCUGACCUUUACCCUGAAUUUCGACAGUCAGAUGAGGAGAAUGAUGAUCCAGGGCCCAUGCCGCCUAUGAUGGCAACCCUCAGACCCCAUCAGAUCUCGCCCAUUUCUUCUAGCCAGGAGUCUUACUUGCAGCCACCGGCCUACAGUCCCCGCUUCCAGAGGCCCAUGAAAGGCAUGACUAUCAUGGAAACCAGUCGACUCCAGGCUACAGGACAGAUUCGUGGUGCUCCUCACUUCCGAGCCUUUUCCCAUGGCCAGUUCUACAGCUACUUGGGAAGUCCAGGGGAACCUGAGCCUCCGCCUCCCUUCUACAUGCCAGACACCAGCCCUCUAAGCUCAGUAAUGUCUUCUCCUCCUUACCACCUGGAGGGCCCUUUCGGUCAUCCCACCAUCCCAGAGGAAAUCGGUGAGGGAGAGAUUCAGCAUUAUGCAGUCUCUGGCUACAACCUUCCCUUGGCGCACCCCUCCACCUCGCGCUCUCCAGACAUCUGGCAGAGACCCGAUUUUACCUUUGCCACAAUCGAGGGUCCUCACUUUAUUUUUCCACCCCCACACCCUUUGCAUCUUCACCCGGAACCUCCCCUUCCUCCCCCUCUUGUUCUUCCUCCUAGUGCCCUCCAGCCCUCCACCCUUCAAGUAUCUCCAUACCCUGGUAUCCUGCAGCUGGAGGCCCCAAAGAGCCGCCCAGGCAAGUCUCCCAGCAAGGUCAAGCCUCAGGGCCUUCCAGCCAAGCGUUUACCUAUGCAAGAGGCACAGAGUCUAGGGCAGCUAAGACGCACAAGCCACGGUAUGGGUGUACCGGUAUUGCCUUACUCUGACCCGGUGUCUCACAUGGUUGGCCCAAGCUCGUUCGGAAGCCUGGAUAUGCGAUGGUACGAGCUUACACCCAGGCUUAGCCCAAGGCAGCCCCGCAGGAUGGAACCCAGCAUGGUAGUUCUCCAGCCAUCCCGCCUCUCACCUCUAACUCAGAGCCCUAUUAGCUCUCACGAAGGCUCACCGGAGAUUGUAGUGCGCCCCAGGCCCCGCCCCAGUAUCAUCCAACCCCCGAUCCCUCCUGAGAUGUCUGAGAUCACCCUUCAACCUCCUUCUUCAGCUAGUUUCUCUAGAAGGUCCUCCCCCUCCUCCUCUCCUGCUCAAGGCCAAGGCAGCCGAAGGGCAAGUCCCAGCUACCGAUCCCACAUGGCAUUUGCCACCUCAGCAGCAAGCUAUCCGUCACAGUCCCCUUCACCUCCUGUAGAAAGCAGCAACAUUUUCGGGCAGAUGCCAACCCAGAGGAGGACUGAGGAGGAGAUCCUUCCAUCAGAACCCUCUCCACCCCAGUUAUCAGCUUCAGGAAAACGUCGAGGUGCAACAAGUGGCUCUGCAGGGUCUGAGAGGAUAGAAGCACUGAGAUAUCAACGAGUGAAAAAAGCCAAGAAAGUCGGUGUCAACAAUAACAACUCCAAGACCAGACGAAAGAUGGGUGUGCCCCCCUCUCAGACCCAGCAGCCCCACACCUCUCAGGUCCUCCAGCCAGAAGAAGCUCUCUACCUCCGCAAGAAGAAGAAAAAGUUGACUCGCCAGGACCCGUAUGCCCGCUUCUCCGCUCUGCUGUACCGCCGCCCGCCCCGAGAUGACCAGAAAGCCAUUUUGGCUAGUAUGGACACAGCAGACCCAGACCACGCCACUCUCCUCUGAAGUCCCAGAGAUUACAGGCCACACUCUCCCCAAACUCUGAGCUCCUUCCACCUUUGCUCAGCCAGCCAACGUCUUCAAGUCCACACCCGCCUCCAAAACGGCAACCCAGCGCCUGUCUCUCUCCUCUGUGAAGACCCUUGGGGGAAAAUCUCUUUGGGAUGAGAGGGCUAUUCCCAGCGGCCAAAGUCUCAGAUCGAGAGGGAGAAAGCAUGGAAUCAGCACAAUGUGGAGGACGAGAGAGUGUGGCGGUCAUGUCCUCACGUGGCACUUAGUGCACCAUGAGCCUGCAGGAAACAUAGGGAUUUUCAGGACACCAGCUCCACAACAGACACACAUACCAGAACUACCACAAGGUGUAAAUAAAAAAUGCAAGUCAUGCAAUAUAUAUUUUUUUGUAAAUGAGAAUAUGUGGUACACUGUGGCUGUUUUUACAGUCUGUCUCAGUGGUUUAUGGAAACAUGUAGCAGGCCUUCACUUUUAGAUAUAUAAAUAUAUGGAAUAACAUUAAAGCUUACACAUGCUAUUAGAAUCGCAAACCAAAGUGGAAGGUGUUAUCUGUUAUUUUUGGCCAUUAUUUCCGUGUUUCAUUGUCAUACAGUACAGCUCUGGUUCAAGCAAUACAAAAUAUAAAGAAAAAUGUGACGACACAAUAUACAAUGAGAGAUAAAAACCUAUAUUAAAGUGACAUUUCUGCUCACGUUCUCAAUGUCAAUUCUCAUUUCCAAAGGAAGCAUGUGUUGAAUAUUGUUUCAUAAUUGAUUCAUGCUCAUUUUUAGAGAAUCUUGUCUAUGUAAAAUGAACUGUAUUCUCAUUAUCAUUACUUUGGCGCAUAAAGAAAUCUAUCAUACAACAGAAAUUUGCAUCAAAAAAUGGUUACUGAAAAAUGGUUCACAGUUACUGAAUUUUGCGAGUCAAAUAUACCUGCAGAGAUGGAUUUUAUUUAUUCCACCUACAGUGCUGUUUGACCAGUCAGCACAAGGUCUUGUGUCUGCUAACUAAAACGGCGUUUGAUGGUCUAUUGUUGGGGUAGAUUGUGUGGCACCUGCAAUAUGUAUAGCAGCACAGUCCAAGAUAUACGUAUGUAUUCUGUAUUCUUAUAGUCAACAGACUGUACCAGUAGAAAUAUUUUGACAGUGUACUGUAUGUAUAAAUAACAGAUAUUUAUAGUUACGUAAUAAAGGCGAAUUGGGAAUCUUUAAUUUUGUACGGCGAGAAAAACCGAGAAGAUUUGUUCCAAUUUAGCUGUCUUGUUUAUGGAGAAAUACAGUAUAUGUUCUUUCUGCUGUUAGAUGCUCAUGUUAGCAAGGUGUGGUCAUUAGCGAAUAGCAAAUGAUGCGAACUGCUUUUGUAGGUAUGUAUUCUAGCAAUCACCGUAAUCUUUUCUAGAGACCUCAGUGUGGUGUGUAAGCAGCCAUACCAUUGAACAUAUCAUGACUUGGUGCUAUUGCUGAUCUAUUUUGUGGUCCAGACCAGAGAUAACUCUGCGCCUCAUAUUUCUUACCAUCUUUCCUGUAAGUGAGUAAAUGAGAUAAAAUUACACAUGAAUACCUGAAAAAAAGUACUUUGUUACCUGAAUGUGCUACCAAAAACUAGAAAUGAGCUUCGGCAUUUAGAAUACUGGAACCAGACACUUGGCAGUCAGGAAAACAAACUAUAAGAGAUUAGAUUUUUGGUGCAACGUAGUUUUGGCAGUUUUAAUUUGGCCUU